CUCGACAUUUGAUUUUGGCAACUGCUAUCAUUUGUCAUGGAUAUAUGGCGGACAUUUCGCUCCGUAGAGCCUGUCCCCGGAGGCUGAUCAUGGUGCUCGGAGGCCAUUCCUCUUGAGCUGUUGAUGCUAGCAACGUCAGACUGACAAGCCAUGACAACUCCAUUAGGACAUGAGGGUGGUUGUCAGUCUCAAUGGAUGGUAGGCUUCUAAUACAGCGCCUCUAGUUGGUCGACCUCUAUAGCCAUGGGUCGUCUUGGGCUAUCAAGUAUACCACCGAGGUGCUAUAAAGACCACAAUCUCAUUAUUCUCGUGAAUGCCACCUCGAGUCUCAUGCGCCAUCUUGGAAAACUCUUAAACCAUGCUACUCACACGUACCGCAACACUCUCAAGGAACUUCCUUUGCCGCCCUCAGGUCACCGGAUUGAUUCCAACCCUUGCGCAACGGACCUUCUCAACAUCUGCCCUCGACAAGUCUCGAGUCUCAGAUGUUAUCAUCAAGGACCACGAGGAGCUUAAGGACCACUACGACCGCAUCAUGAGGUCAAAGGACAACGACGAGAUGACCCGCCACCAGAACGCCUUUGUCUGGGAACUGGCCCGCCACUCCGUCGGUGAGGAGAUUGUCGUAUAUCCAGUCAUGGAGAAAAAUCUCCCAGACGGCAAGGAGACGGCGGCCAAGGAUCGCCAGGAACACCUGACGGUCAAGGAGCAGCUGUACGAGUUCCAGAAGCUCUCGGCCGACGACGCGGACUUCAGGCCGACGCUCAAGACCCUGAUGGGUAACCUGGCACAGCAUAUCAGGGAAGAGGAAGAGGACGAGCUGCCGAGGCUGGAGAACUCGCUCUCCGAAGAGGGCUCUUCCGACCUGGCCAGGAGUUUCGAGCGCACCAAGAUGUUCGUGCCCACGCGCAGUCACCCUGGCGCCCCUGACAGGCCACCGUUUGAAACGGCUGCAGGCCUGCUUGCUGCGCCGAUUGAUAAAAUCAUGGAUGCGUUCCACAAGUUCCCGAAGGGUGUGUAAGGAGCUCUAACGGAUGAAAAGGUGGCUCGAUGAGGGCGUCUCGAUAUCUGUUCGAAUUGGCGCUUCCCUUUUGUUUCCCCGUUUCCCCUUGUUUUUAGAUACAAAUAUGUUCCAAUAGGAAGGAGAAAACUUCAGGCACGAUCAGUCAUGUCGACUAAACGAGAUUAGCUCAGGCGACGUUUUCCUGUUGAACUGAGCCGUCGCAGUCACCACCCUGAAGCCGGGGAACAACGCCAUGGAGAUAUAUAUUCAUAGCUUUGGUAAUCCCCUCCAAGAUCGCAGCCCUGAAC